CAAUCUCAGUUUCACCAUGCUUAAACCUUCGCUUCAUCUCUGCAAACCCUCACCCGCAAGAUUCCUCAAUCGAGCCUUCAUCUUCAUCUAUGGCAUCGCCAUUUUAGCCCUCUUUUAUCGCCAUUUUCUUAACCUAACCUACUCUCCUUCUUUAACCACCAUCUCCCUUUUCAUAUCUGAUGUCGUCCUUGCUUUCUUAUGGGUAACAUGGCAAGCUUUCUUCCUGAAUCCGCUUCACCGUCAGGUUUUCCCGGAGAACCUGCCGCAGGUGGCGAAGGAGACUGAAUAUCCGGGACUAGACGUGUUUGUUCUCACUGCUGAUCCGUUCAAAGAGCCGCCGGUGGCGGUGGUUAACACCGCCUUGUCUGUGUUGGCUUUUGAUUAUCCGACGGAGAAGCUGUCGGUAUAUGUGUCGGACGAUGGUGGGUCACAGCUUACACUGUUUGCGUUCAUGGAGGCUGCUAAGUUUGCCAAAUAUUGGUUGCCCUAUUGCAGAAAGUAUAAGAUAAUGGACAGAUCUCCCCAAGUUUAUUUCGGAAAGAAUCCAUCAUUGUUUCCAGAAACGAAAGAUAUCCAGAGGAUGUUUGAAAAGAUGAAAGACACGAUUCAGAACGUGGUAGACCGAGGGACCAUUGAUGAGGAUGAAAUCAACGAUGAUCCUGCAAUCAAAGCUUUCGCCAAAUGGACCCGUGAAUUUACACGUCACCAACAUCCUACCAUUAUUGAGGUUUUAUUGAAAAAUGACGUGGAUAAAGACGUUAAAGGUCAUGAUAUGCCCAAUCUCAUUUAUUUCUCUCGCGAAAAGGAUAAAGCUACCCCACACCAUUUUAAGGGAGGUGCCCUUAACUCCUUGAUUCGAGUGUCGACCAUCUUGACAAAUGCACCAAUAUUCCUCACCGUGGAUUGCGACAUGUACUCUAACAAUCCAAAAACGCCACUUCAUGUGCUAUGUUUUUUCUUGGACCCUAACGUUGAUCCGAAGCUCGCAUUCGUCCAAUUUCCUCAACGCUACCAUAGUAUCAACAAAAAUGACACUUAUGGUGCUGAAUUUUUGCUCGAGACACAAGUAUGCCCUCUAGGAAUGGAUAGUUGGGGGGGCACGCUAUUCAUGGGCACCGGCGGCUUCUUUAGAAGACAAGCGCUCCUUGAAGACGCUACAGAGCCACUACGGCUAUGGAACGAACCAAUUGAUGAAUCGGGUGAUGUUUUGCAGUUAGCACAUCGUGUCGCAAGUUGUAACUACGAAAAAAACACUAAAUGGGGUCACGAGAUCGGGUUUAGGUACGGUUCGUUGGUUGAGGAUAUCUUCACGGGUUUCCGAUUACAUUGCUCGGGGUGGAAGUCCGUCACUUGUAACCCAACGAGAGCUGCCUUUUUAGGCAAUACGCCGAGAUCACUCCACGACUUUCUCUCUCAAAUGAAUAGAUGGUAUAUGGGUAUGCUUCAAAUCGGAUUGUCGAAAUUUAGUCCGAUAACCUUCGGAAUGAAAUUUCUGAAUCCUCUCCAUGCCUUGUGCUAUUCCCAUUACCUUUUUCGUGCCUUUUGGUCUAUUCCGGUAUUCGUCUACGCCUUUUUGCCCCAGAUAGCGAUCGUAAACUCUUCUCCGAUAUUCCCAAAGGUUUCGGACCCUUGGUUUUCUUUAUACGUAUUCCUAUUCGUUGGAGCGUAUGGGAAAGAACUUAUCGAUUACGUGAUGGCAGGAUCGGGGUUCAAACGAUGGUGGAAUCACCAAAGACAGUGGUUGAUAAUGGGAUGCUCAAGUUACCCAUUUUCGAUAUUCGAUUGGUUGCUUACUUCCCUGGGCAUGUCGAUAUGUGAUUUCAACGUGACGAAUAAGGCUUCAAACAAUGAGAUAAGCAAACGUUACGAGCAAGGGUUUUUUGAAUUUGGAGUGGAAUCAUCGUUAUUGCUAGCGGUGAGUUUAGUAGCGGUUGUCAACAUAAUCGCGUUUGUGAUGGGAAUAAAGCAAGUUUUGAUGAACACUCAUAGGUUCGAAGAACUUUUUAUGCAGCUAUUUAUAGCAGGGUUUGGCGUCGUGAAUAGCUUGCCGGUAUACGAAGGCUUGGUGUUAAGAAGUGACAAUGGAAAGAUACCGAUGAAGAUUGGGUUGAAAUCGGUUUGUGUUGCUUUGGUUGUUUACUGGAUGUUCUCUUGGGCAUUUUAACACACACCUUCCAUGUAAAUGGUAUGGUAUGGUAUGCUGUGUGUUAAUUCCAUUAAUUGGUGAAAAAAAUUCAUGUAGCGAAAAGGGUGAAAAAGUAUUCAGUUGUCUCAGAUGAAGAUCGAUGGUGACUUUUAUUUGUGUUCGUAUAUUAUUUUCAUCUUUUAAACCGACUUAAAGUCGGGAUUGUUGAUAAUC